CGCUCACAGCUUCAGAGGGUCGCCGCCGCGUCUGCGCAUGGGGAGCUGAUUGCCGCUGCAGCCGCCUGGAAUUGUGGGGGUUGUAUCUAACCCCUCGGCUGCCGGGCAGGAAGCCGAAGGUCUGUAACUAUGGCUACCCAGGGCCUGCCCCCUUCCAGGAUGGCUCUUCUGGGAAUGCUGCUUGGGCUGCUGAUGGCUUCCUGUUUCACCUUCUGCCUCAGUCAUCAGAACCCGGAGUUUGCGCUCACCAGCCCAGAGAAGAGCAGGACCAAAGAAGCAGACAGAAAGGAAACCACAGCAGAAGAGGAGCUGGACUCCGAGGUCCUCGAGGUGUUUCACCCGACCCAUGAGUGGCAGGCCCUUCGGCCAGGGCAGGCUGUCCCUGCAGGAUCCCAUGUGCGGCUGAAUCUCCAGACUGGGGCAAGAGAAGUGAAACUUCAAGAAGAGGAGAAGUUCCGAAGUAAUUGGAAAGGGUUGAAAAAAGGCAGAAGGCUGGACAUCAACACUAACACCUACACAUCUCAGGACCUCAAGAGUGCUCUGGCAAAAUUCAAGGAGGGGGCAGAAGUGGAGAGUUCAAAGGAAGACAAGGCAAGGCAGGCCAAGGUUAAACAACUCUUUCGCCCCAUCGAGGAGCUGAAGAAGGACUUUGAGGAGCUGAAUGUUAUCAUUGAGACUGACAUGCAGAUCAUGGUACGGCUAAUCAACAAGUUCAAUAGUUCCAGCUCCAGCCUAGAAGAGAAGAUUGCUGCACUCUUUGAUCUUGAAUAUUAUGUCCAUCAGAUGGAUAAUGCACAGGGUCUGCUUUCCUUUGGUGGCCUUCAAGUGGUGAUCAAUGGGCUGAACAGUACAGAGCCCCUGGUGAAGGAGUAUGCUGCGUUUGUGCUGGGAGCUGCCUUUUCCAGCAACCCAAAGGUUCAAGUAGAGGCCAUUGAGGGGGGAGCCCUACAGAAGCUGCUGGUCAUCCUGGCUACGGAACAGCCUCUCCCUGCAAAGAAGAAGGUCCUGUUUGCGCUGUGCUCCCUACUGCGACACUUCCCCUAUGCCCAGCAGCAGUUCCUGAAACUGGGGGGCCUGCAGGUGCUGCGGAGCCUGGUGCAGGCAAAGGGUACAGAGAUGCUGGCUGUGCGUGUGGUCACUCUGCUGUAUGACCUGGUCACUGAAAAGCAGAUGUUUGCUGAGGAGGAGGCCGAGCUGACCCAGGAGACGUCCCCGGAGAAGCUGCAGCAGUACCGCCAGGUGCUCCUCCUUCCAGGCCUGCGGGAGCAGGGCUGGUGCGAGAUCACCGCACACCUCCUGGCCCUCCCUGAGCACGAUGCCCGAGAAAAGGUGCUGCAGACGCUGGGCGCCCUCCUGGCCACCUGCCGGGAUCGCUACCGCCAGGACCCCCAGCUCAGCAGGACGCUGGUCAGCCUGCAGGCUGAGUACCAGGCUCUGGCCGCCCUGGAGCUCCAGGACGGCGAGGAUGAGGGCUACUUCCGGGAACUGCUGGGCUCCAUCAACAGCUUGCUGAAGGAACUGAGAUGAGCAGGCUGCUCCCUGCCACCGGGACUGGACUGGGACAUUAGUGAGGCUGACGGACACCAGCUUGGAUGGGGUCCUCGGGGGACAGUAGCCGGGGGGAGGACUUCCCUACUGGGGCCUGGGCAUCAUCUGGGCAGUGCCAGCUUGGCCAUUAAAUGGAGGCAUGAGGGCCA